AUGGGCUGUCGGGUGUGCAGAGCGCGCAAGCUUCCUAACCCAUGCCUCUUCGGCGCAUCGCAGGUCAAGUGUGAUGGCCGCCCCAACGGAUGUCGCAACUGCGAGCGCCUCCAGCUCGACUGCGUGGGCGACAAUGGCUUGACCGCCAGCCGCAACACGCCCAUGGCCCUGCGCAAGAUCCGCACCUAUCGAUCGUGCAAGAGCUGUCGCCUGUCCAAGACCAAGUGCAACGGCGACCGCCCGAAGUGCUCGCGAUGCACCGCCAAGAAGACCGAGUGUGUGUACGACGGCGGCUCGGCCCCGCGAUGGGCUCGCAACCUGGACCACGGAUCGAGGACCGAAGGUAGCCGGAGCAAGUCGCGCGAGCUGGCUGCCAUCGCUGUGCUUGCCGAGGGCAGCGAUGAGGCUGAGAACCCUCAGUUGGCCACGCCAUUGACCAGCAACGGCUCGGCAGAGCCGCAGAUUCCGGGCGAGGUGCCGGGGCUGAAUGGCCUCGAAAGCUUGCAGAGCGUUGCUUCUAUCGAACCAUCAGGAUCAGACAUUUUGUCAUGGCUUGUCUCACCAAGUCUUCCCACCGGCCGCAACUUGCGCCGUGUCGUGGAGCAAUACUUUGCCAACGUCCAUCCCAUCCGCUGUUUCGCCUUUGUACAUAAGCCGUCGUUCAUGCGGCAGCUGGACAAGGGCUUUGCGACGGACGAUGAAUCGGCACUGCUGCACAUCAUUUGUGCUCAUGGUGCAAAGUUCUACGUUUUGAAUCAACAUGAACACACACCAGCCGCUGGUUUUAUCCGCCUGGCAGGCAACCAGUGGGCCAAGAGAGCUGAGUUCCUCGUCUUGACCAAUUUUGGAAAGAUUUCUGUUCAAAGGCUCAUGGUCGCAAUAUUGCUUCAUGACUUUCACUUCCGACAAGGAGAGUAUUCCAAUGCCCUGAUGCUAAGCGGUCUUGCUGUCCGCAUGGCUCAUGCCCUGAAAAUCAACGUCGAAGCAUCCCCCGAUGUUCUUUGCAGUGAAGCCAAAGAAUCGACCCCAUCAGUUGUCACCAGAGAAAGCCGUCGGAGGCUCAUGUGGGCGUGUUACGUCCUCGAUGCAUGGGCAGGUAGUGGUAUCGACCAGCUUACCCUUCUACGCGAAAACGAUAUUAAGAUCCAACUGCCUACGAAUGAAAGAAAUUUCGGGCUUCGAAUCGCAUCGGUGACGGAAACUCUAGGCGUAGGCCAUGUCCUCCAAUUCUUACCGCCGUCCGUGGUGCCGAGAAAGCCGUCUGCGAACAUGGGCAUCAUGGCAUACUACAUCCGAGUAGUAGCGCUCUGGAAACGAAUCGUCAGAUAUGUAAAUCAGCUCGACUCCAAUCUUCCUCCUUGGCUCCCCGACUCACCAUUCGCCGCCCUCGACGCCGAUCUCCGCCUGUGGCAGAGGGAGCUGCCCGAAUUUGUCGAAUACUCUAUGGAAACUAUUUAUGCUCGACUGGAUUCAAAUCAGCUAGGAGCACUGGUCCUAAUACACUGCACAUACCACCACAACUACUUGGAGCUCUACAAGAUAUCCAUGCCGGACCUAUUCAAGCUUCCCAAGCCCCUUUCCGUGCCACCAGAACAUCAUGACUUUCUUCAAUCUGCACAAGCCAAUUGCUACCAUCAUGCGCAGCAGAUUGCAGAUAUUCUGGCUGAAGCUUCCGAUCAUGGAGCUCACUUGUUAUCUGACAGUUUGCUGCCAUAUUUUGUGUACGACAGCAGUAGGGUGAUGCUGUACUACGUUGCGCGGCUGCUCGACCCAGUCAGGCCCGAUGCCCAGUCAAAGAUGGAAGAUGCCAUCAAUGCUGUUGAGAGCAACCGUCGGGUUCUUAAGAUGAUGUCUGCCCUAUUUCCAAUUGCGCAAUCGCUAUCAAAUACAAUUGAUAGAUGGCUGUCCAAGAUCCGGCAAUCCACUAGCCACAAUGAUCUUGUGAGCAGGAUGCUGUCUGAAGUCCGCUCUGAAACUCACGAGGGCGAAAAAUCAACUCGUGUGUCCGUUAGCCCCGUUCACGCCACACCAGAGUUCAGCCUUCCCUCCAUCUCUCUUCACUCGCUUGCACGGACAGGUAUUGCAACAAGACGAGCGGCGGAUCGUGCAAGCGGCGUUCGGGGAUUGAGCUGGUCAGCCGAAAGUCCAGGUGCCGCCGCAUGGGACCGCAACAAUGCGGCGCAGCAGCUUGUCGGUCUCAGCCAAGACGUCCUCACUUCAUCACGGUCGGGUCUUCAGCAUGAGCAGCCGGUGCCAACAGCGUUGCCGCAGCUGUCGCCUCCAGCCUAUUCCAAGCGAAACGCCCCGACCCAGCCAAUGUGCGAAGCACUCGACUUGGAUGAUUUGCAAAACUUUUUAUCGUGGGAUAUGUACGGUAUAAUGGACAUGGGUGACCCCGUUCCGGAUGACGGGCCAGAAGACAUGACUAUGCGGUCGUGGUCGGGAUCCAGCGAUGCGAUAUAA